CGCGCCGAGAAUGACGAGUCUCAUUUUUUACUGUCAUCAACAAACCCCGUCCUGUCUGUGUUUUGAGGUUUAAUACGGGAUGUCAGUGGAUGUUAUUAUAUUAUUGUUGCGUUUAUGAAGCUGUGCGGCUGUUAGUUCGAGUAUUCGUGUUUUGGUGGUGAAGAAAGCGCCGGGGUCAUGAACCUGUCUCUGUCGAGAGGGAACUGAAAGCAGAUCAGACCCAUUUCUAAAGGAAUCUUCACUUAAAACAGAAACCAGGAUGGGAAAUCAGCUGGCUGGAAUCGCUCCCUCGCAAAUCCUCUCUGUCGACAGCUAUUUCUCAGACAUCCAUGAUUAUGAAUAUGACAAAAGUCUUGGCAGCACACGAUUUUUUAAGGUUGCCAGAGCUAAACACAGAGAGGGCUUAGUGGUGGUGAAGGUCUUUGCUAUUCAGGAUCCUUCCCUGCCUCUAACCAGCUACAAGCAAGAGCUAGAGGAGCUGAAGAUCAGACUGCACUCUUGCCAGAACUGUUUGCCCUUUCAAAAGGCCACACUCACAGAGAAAGCAGCCAUACUCUUUCGGCAGUAUGUUCGUGAUAACCUGUAUGAUCGCAUCAGCACACGACCCUUUCUAAACAACGUGGAGAAGAAAUGGAUAGCCUUCCAGAUCCUGAAUGCUGUGGACCAGGCUCAUAAAUCAGGCGUGCGUCACGGGGACAUUAAGACGGAGAACAUUAUGGUGACGAGCUGGAACUGGGUGCUGCUUACCGAUUUUGCCAGUUUUAAACCCACAUAUCUUCCUGAGGAUAAUCCGGCUGACUUCAACUACUUCUUUGACACAUCCCGAAGGAGAACCUGUUACAUAGCACCAGAGAGAUUUGUGGAUGGCAGUAUGUUUACCACAGAGAGUGACCAGAACACUCCACUUGUGGACCUAACUAGUAAUAGCCAGAGGACCAGAGGGGAGCUCAAACAGCCUAUGGACAUUUUCUCAGCUGGCUGUGUUAUUGCAGAGCUGUUCACAGAGGGGGUGCCGCUGUUUGAUCUCUCGCAGUUGCUGGCCUAUCGCAAGGGUCUUUUUCAAACCGAACAAGUCUUGAUGAAAAUUGAAGACCAGAGUAUCCGAGAACUGGUUGCCCAGAUGGUCCAGCGAGAACCUGAAAAACGUUUGGCGGCAGAAGAUUAUUUGAAACAGCAGCGAGGCAAGGCCUUCCCAGACAUCUUCUACACCUUCCUUCAACCUUACAUGGCCCAGUUUGCCAAAGAGACCUUCCAGUCUGCGGAUGAGCGAGUGUUAGUGAUUCGCAAGGACCUGGAUAAUAUCCUCCAUAACCUGUGUGGUGGUGGGGGAAGGGAUGCAGGGAAGGCUGAGAAGCAAGAGAAGGCAUCUCAGGAGCUUGCAUCAUCCAAAGAACAUGGACUGGUGGUUUUGGUGUCUGUAAUCACCUCCUGUCUGCAGACUCUGUGCUCCUGUGAUUCUAAACUGGCGGCACUGGAGUUGGUGCUCCACCUGGCCAGCUGGCUGAGUGUGGAGAUACUGUUGGACCGAAUCACUCCGUAUUUACUGCACUUCUGCAAUGACUCAGUGCCUCGCGUGAGGGCAGAGGCUGUGCGCACACUUGCUAAAGUCCUGGCGCUGGUCAAGGAGGUGCCCCGCAAUGAUGUUAACAUCUACCCAGAGUACAUCCUGCCGGGCAUUGCACAUUUGGCUCAGGAUGAGGCCACCAUCGUCAGACUUGCUUAUGCAGAGAACAUUGCCCAUCUGGCUGAGACAGCACUGCGUUUUCUGGAGUUGGUGCAGGAGAAUAAUCUGAACUCUGAACAGGACCUGAAUGGAGAAGAUGCUGAGGAGAUUCUUCAUCCCAAUGAAAACUAUGAUUCAGAGCUGCAGGCAUUGCAUGAAAUGGUUCAGCAGAAGGUGGUGACACUCCUCAGUGACCCUGAGAACAUUGUGAAGCAGACGCUGAUGGAGAACGGCAUCACGCGUCUCUGCGUGUUCUUCGGGAGACAGAAGGCCAAUGAUGUUCUUCUUUCACACAUGAUCACGUUUCUCAAUGACAAGAAUGACUGGCACCUCCGUGGGGCUUUCUUUGACAGUAUUGUGGGAGUAGCAGCUUACGUGGGGUGGCAGAGCUCAUCCAUCCUGAAGCCUUUGCUGCAGCAGGGUCUGAGUGAUGUGGAAGAGUUUGUUAUUUAUAAAGCUCUGAAUGCUCUUACCUGCAUGUGUCAGCUGGGUCUUCUGCAGAAGCCACACAUCUAUGAGUUUGUCAGUGAUAUUGCUCCUUUCUUGUGCCAUCCCAACCUGUGGAUCCGAUACGGAGCUGUAGGAUUCAUCACUGUAGUAGCACAGCACCUCAACAUAGCUGAUGUUUACUGCAAGCUCAUGCCUCACCUCAACCCUUUUAUUACUCAACCUAUUAUACAGAUUGAUAAGGAGAUAGUGCUGCUGAGUGUGCUUAAAGAGCCCGUGAGUCGCUCCAUCUUCGACUAUGCGCUCCGCUCUAAAGACAUUAGCAGUCUCUUCAGGCACCUGCUGCUUCGUCAGAAGAAACGCAAUGGCUUGAUCCCUGAGUGCCCCAUUCCUGACGACCCUGCCAUCGCACAGCUGCUUAAAAAGCUUCUUUCACAGGGAAUGACAGAAGCUGAGGAGGACAAGCUCCUGGCUCUGAAAGAUUUCAUGCUCAAGUCUAACAAAGCUAAGGCCAACAUCAUUGACCAGACCCACCUGAGCGAUGGGGCCCAGAGCGGAGUCAUCGACCUGGGCACACUGGGCAUCACUGGCAGACAGGUGGACCUCAUCAAACCCAAGCAGGAAUCAGAAGACAAGAGAGCCCGUAAACACACAAAGCAAGACUCCAACCUGAAUGAGGAGUGGAAGAGCAUGUUCGGUUCUCUGGACCCGCCCAGCUCGACUCCAGCACCGCCGACGGUACCUAGUGUUCUAGUUGCGAGCGGUGGUGGGGAACCCAACGGAACUCUGGCCGGAGGGUGCCUGCGAUCUGAGAGUUCCUCCCAGACUCUUAACCUUCCUCAUGUCCCAUCCUCAGCCCAGGCCCCCGAAGGUGCAGCCACUCAGCCCAGGAAAGUCACAGCAGCCCCUGCAGUUCAGGUUGUGCAGUCGAUGACCGGAGCAUCCACAUACCAGCGGCGCGUGACCACCUGCAAGGCCGAACUGCAGCAGCUGGUGCAGCAGAAGAGAGAGCAGUGCAAUGCAGAGCGCAUGGCCAAGCAGAUGAUGGAAAGUGCUGAAUGGGAGAGCCGGCCUCCGCUGCCAGGAUGGCAUCCAAAAGGGCUGCUAGUGGCCCAUCUUCAUGAGCACAAGUCUGCUGUGAACCGAAUCCGAGUUUCUGACGAGCACUCCAUCUUUGCAACCUGCUCCAAUGACGGCACAGUGAAGAUCUGGGACAGUCAGAAAAUGGAGGGAAAGACAACGACCACAAGGUCAGUGCUGACGUAUUCUCGUAUUGGAGGCCAUGUAAAAACCCUGACCUUCUGUCAAGGGUCACAUUACCUUGCUGUGGCUUCAGACAACGGCUCCAUCCAGCUUCUUGCAGUCGAGACCAACAAGCCCCCCAAAUCCCCCAAGGUGCAGCCCUGUCAGACCAGGUUCCUGGACCUGAAGGAAGAUGGCUGUGUGGUGGACAUGCAUCACUUUAACUCCGGGGCUCAGUCUGUGCUGGCCUACGCCACAGUUAACGGCUCGCUGGUGGGCUGGGACCUGCGCAGCAACAGCAAUGCCUGGACACUGCGGCACGACCUGCGCCUGGGCCUCAUCACCUCCUUCGCUGUGGACAUGCACCAGUGCUGGCUGUGUGUGGGCACAAGCAAUGGUACAAUGGCAUGCUGGGAUAUGCGUUUUCAGUUGCCCAUUUCAAACCACUCCCACCCGGCUAGAGCUCGAAUUAGACGUCUGCUCAUGCACCCCCUUUAUCAGUCGUCUGUCAUUACAGCUGUCCAAGGAAACAAUGAGGUGUCCAUGUGGGACAUGGAGACUGGAGACAGGAAGUUCACUCUUUGGGCCAGCUCAGCGCCCCCACUCUCAGAGAUGCAGCCAUCCCCUCACAGUGUGCAUGGCAUAUACUGCAGUCCUGCUGAUGGCAACCCCCUUCUGCUCACCGCUGGAUCAGACAUGAGAAUAAGGUUCUGGGACCUUGCUUACCCUGAAAGGUCCUACAUUGUUGCCGGAGGUGCCAAUGACUCCCUUCACUGCCCCUCGGUCUUCUACAAUCGCAAGAUUAUUGAGGGAACAGAAGUCGUGCAGGAGAUUCACAGUAAGCAGAAGAGUGGCUCAACAGAGGACGCUCCUCGCAGAGGGCCAGAGUCACUUCCUGUGGGCCACCAUGACAUCAUUACUGACAUCGCCACCUUCCAGACCACCCAGGGCUUCAUAGUCACUUCGUCCAGAGAUGGCAUUGUGAAAGUGUGGAAGUGAGAGACUGAUCUUAAUGAUAAAGGCCACAGUCCACAUGGAGAGGUCUAAUCACAUCUAAUCACAUACAGUGGAUCUCAAAGUCUCACAUCAUAUUUGAGCAUGUGACGUCUAAAGACCCUUUCACACUGAGUCAGAUCUUUUUUCCUGAAAUAAAGUAUAUUAAAGUAUAUUGAUGUAUAUUGAUAAAUCAGAGCCUGCUCGAUUUCUACAUUGUUAAAAUGCACUACAAAUCAGACUGACCAAUCAGAGCUCCAUUUUCUGUUGGUUGCAAAACAAGAACACAAAAACUUACAGCUCUUAAAAAAUAAUAAUCAACCACUUCAUUUUCUGAAUUAGUUUCUCUGAUUUUGCUAUUUAUAGGUAUAUGUUUGAGUAAAAUGAACAUUGUUGUUUUAUUCUAUAAACUAUGUUUCUCCCAAAUUCCAAAUAAAAUAUUGUCAUUUAGAGCAUUUAUUUACAGAAAAUGAGAAAUGACUAAAAUAACAAAAAAGAUGCAGAGGUUUCAGACCUCAAAUAAUGCAUAGAAAACAAGUUCAUAUGCAUAAAUGUUUAAGAAAAUCGUUCAGAAAUAAAUAUUUGGUGGAAUAACCCUGGUUUUUAAUCACAGUUUUCAUGCAUCUUGGCAUGUUCUCCUCCACCAGUCUUACACACUGCUUUUGAAUAACUUUAUGCCACUCCUGGUGCAGAAAUUCAAGCAGCUCAGCUGGGUUUGAGAUCAUCAUUCUUCCUCUUGAUUAUAUUCCAGAGGUUUUCAAUUUGGUAAAAUCAAAGAAACUCAUAUUUUAAGUGGUCUCUGUAUAUGAUUAUAUGAAGAGCAACAAGCUGACUAUAAAAUAUGAAAGUUAAAGAAAAUAUAUGCCAGAGUGAGAUCUUUACAGAUGGCUUAUGAAGCAGAAAGCAGACAGUGAGCAGAGAAAAGUAAAAAGCAGGAAUUUAUGAGAGCUAGGUAGUUUCUAUAACUAUUUACAAUGAGUCAGACCCAUUUUUUGGCCUUCUGUGCUCUGUGUACAGAUUCCACUACGUUAAAAAUCUUUCUUUUUCUGAGAAAAUCAUUCUUGGUGUGAAAGGGUCUUAAGUCAGCCUAAGAUGCCAACUAACUCUUGUUUUCAGAGAUGCAGCUGCACUCCUAAAAACUGAGGCACUUCAGUUGUUGUUUGAAUGAAGCCAUAAAAAGUUUGAUUAUGGAACCAAAAGUUUUUUUUUCUAUGGCAUUGCUUAAGGACUCAUAUGAAGCACCUUUAUUUUUAAGAGUGUUGAUAAAACCAGUGCUAUGAAAAAUUAACUGUAUGAUAUGUUUUCUUGUACGUGCUAAAAUAAUACUAAAGAUCACAAAGGUAUAGUUGGCUACUGGUAGCCAGUCUCACAGUUAAACAAUGGUUAUAACCAUCGCAAUACAAGCUUUAUGAUGUAUCAGUGCAAAUAUAUAUAAGCAGCUGGAGUGGUUGGAGAAAGGCAGUGGAUGGCUGAUGAUUGAAUCAUUGUGUUGUGGUUCUCAGUAUUAUAAAAUAAGCAUAGUCAACAAAAGAAAUGAAUUAUUGAUCAUUGAUACAUCAUGUGAAUUGUGUCCACAGGUUUAUUUGUACAAAAUGUUUAACAGAAUGAACAAAUAAAAACUAAAACAUUAUAACAAA